GUGCCCAGCUAACGGGGCACCUUCCACCUGUUUACCUUCUCAGCCACACACAGGCCUCACAGGAACAACUGAGAUUCUUGGUAACAGAGAAGCCGGGGGCACGCAUGGCGGGCCUGGAGGUUCUGUUCGCGUCGGCGGCGCCGACGAUCACCUGUGCGCAGGACGCGCUGGUCUGCUUCCUGCACUGGGAGUUGGUGACGCGCGGCUACUACAGCGUGGGUGCCGGCGAACAGCCGGAUCCCAGUGAUAAGAAAUCAGAACUGCUGCCUGGUGGAUGGAACAACAACAAAGACCUGUACGUCCUCCGGUAUGAGUCGAAGGAUGGAUCCAGAAAGCUCCUUGUGAAGGCUGUCACUGUGGAGAAGAGCAUGAUCGUCAAUGUGCUGGAAUAUGGCUCACAGCAAGUGUCAGAUUUGACCCUCAACUUGGAUGAUUAUAUCGAUUCAGAAAACCUGCUUGACUUCCCCAGGACCUACAGGAACAGUGAGGAACUUCGGUCUCGUAUUGCGUCUGAAAUCAUCACACCUCUUCACGAGCCUUGGGACAAGGCUAGUGUAAGCAGUCCCCAUCGGGAGUUUCCGCCUGCCACUGCCAGAGAGGUGGACCCACUCCGGAUUCACCCACAGCACCCACACGUUAGCCGGCCUCCUUCCUGGUGUGAUCCCCUGGGCCCAUUUGCUGUCGGGGGAGAGGACCUAGACCCCUUUGGGUAUCGAAGAGGUGGCAUGAUUGUGGAUCCUCUGAGAUCUGGCUUCCCAAGAGUACAUGUUGACCCAUCCUCGGGCCUCCCAAACCGGCUUCCUCCAGGCGCUGUGCCUCCAGGAGCGCGCUUUGACCCCUUCGGACCCAUUGGGACCAGCCCAGCGGGACCUAACCCAGACCAUCUCCCCCCGCCGGGCUACGAUGACAUGUACCUGUGAAAGCCUCAAGAAUGUAACAUCCCAGCCUUCCCUCCACUCUCCUGGAGCUACCACCUCUGGCCCCAUCAGCAACCGUGUUCUUACGGGCUGGGGGCAAGGGACUCUGCCCAUGUGUUUGCAGGCUGGCUGGGAUUGCCUCCCUACUCCUUGUCAGAGUCACAGCACCUGCUGCAGCUCUCCACUUGGCUGCAUAUAGGUCCCAAAGAGAAGUCAGACUCUCUCACCACCAGCUCCUCCCCACUUCCCAAGGGAAACUCCGGCAACAUAUACCCUCUACCCAGUGCAGCGCUAUAAGAACAAAAUGCAUUUUGGAUGUUAUUAUUAAGAACCAAAUGUCAAUACAGAAGUCAUGUUGCCGUC